AUGGCGCAAGAAACCAGAGGAGAAGAAGAGAAGAUCAAAGAAGUGGUGGAGGAAGAGACGACGACGGAGGCGGGUGCUCUGAGCCCAAGGUUUAAGCUGAAUGUCCACGCGCCGGAGUUCGUGCCGCGGUCGCACUUGCCGGCGGUCGCCACCGCGCCGCCGUCUUCCUUACCAGGAGGGUGCUUCUACCCCUACCUCCAGUUCUUCAACGGCGGCAAUGGCGGCGGCGGCGGCGGCUCAUUGGGACCAGAAUGGUUCUACUUCGCAGACCAAGAAUCCACUCACUUCGUUCCGGAUUUCUACGGCAAAGGCGCGGCAGCAAGCCCAAAGAACAGCAGCGAUCUAGCUCAAAAGAUAGUAAAGCAGGUGGAGUACCAGUUCAGCGAUACCAAUCUGGUUGCAAAUGAUUUCCUAAUGAAGAUUAUGAACAAAGAUCCAGAAGGAUAUGUGCCAAUGUCAGUGGUUGCUUCUUGGAAAAAGAUAAAAGCUCUUGAUGUCAAUAACUACACGCUCAUUAAAGCCCUCAAGACCUCCUCUAAGCUUGUUCUUAGCGAGGAUGGCAAGAAGAUCAAACGCAAGCAACUUUUCACUGAAAGAGACAAAGAGGAGCUCCAAUCUCGUACUGUUGUGGUAGAGAAUCUGCCAGAGGAUUACUCGCGCCAGAACCUUGAAAAAAUAUUCAGCGUCGCUGGGUGCGUGAAGAACAUCAGGAUAUGCCAUCCUCAGGAGCCAAACUCAGCGAGAAGCUCCAAGAAUGAUGUGCUGAUCAGCAAUAAGCUGCAUGCGCUGGUGGAGUACGAGAGCACGGAUCAAGCUGAGAAGGCGGUCGAGAAGUUGAACGAUGAGAGGAACUGGAGAAAGGGCCUUCGAGUGAGAACGAUGCUACGAUGCUCUCCAAAAUCUGUGAUCAGGAACAAGAAGCUGGACUUCGAUCACUUCGACAUAUUCUCCGACGAUGAACAGUCGUCCUCUUCCCAAACUCUGGCCGGGUCUCCUCGCGGCGAUCAAGUGCCCCCCGAUCACAGCGUAAGUCGACUAGCUCGGUGCUGUUUGCGGCGGCGGCCGCCGCGGACUGACUGGUUUACUUUGGCGCAGAACGAGGAGAGCCAGAACGGGGCUCGGAAAGGCUGGGGGAGGGGGCGAGGAGGCAAGGCGCUGGGGCAGGGCGGCGGCCAAGCAGGGGAGGCAAUGAGCAAGCUAGGCUGCCCGCAAAGCCCCCGGAUGCCCGACGGCACGCGCGGGUUUACGAUGGGGCGGGGGAAGCCGUCUCCGGCGACGACGAGUACUCUUGGUCCCGUCGGGCCAUGA